AUGACUGCGACCCAAUCAUCCUCUUCUCGCGACGACAAAGGCAUUCCCAUCCCCACCGGCCUAGCCAGCCUUAUCGCGACGACUGUAGCCGCCACCACUACCCGCCCGGCGGGAUGUCGUCCCUCACUGACACGUACAAGGACAACUGAUAAUCUCCCCGCUGCAGUACCAUUCGAUUAUGAAGACUCUCAAGAUACUCCGGCAAUUUACAUAGGGAUGAAAACGGAACAAGUUGAUAAAGUAUUCAUUCCUCAAGUUGAUUCGACUAUCGUGCCUAAAAUCGGUCUACAAUUUCAAUUAGAUGAAAAGGCUCAUAUUUUCUAUAAUACUUAUGCUAAGGAUGUGGGGUUUAUCAUUGAAAUUCGGAAUGAUGAAAAGAAUAAAAUAGAUGACACGUUUGUUUGGAGGGAUUUCACUUGCUCGAAACAAGACGAUGAUGGUGUUUUCUUAAGGUGCUCCUGGUCCCGAUAA